GGGAGGCCAUGCGGCUGCCUCACGCGGCAGCCCGCCUGCUGCCGCCGCUCCCCACCGGGAUCGCUCUGCGCCCGCGACGCGGGGCCGCCCAGACGCCGGAGCAGCUGGAAAAUAAAACCAAAGGGAAGCUCCAAAAGCAAACUUGUCAAGUUGUUCUGGACCACUUUGAGAAGCAGUACUCGACAGAGCUGGGAGAUGCAUGGAGCAGUGUCAGAGAGGUACUCACAUACCCAUUGUGCUGGCAGCAUGCUGUCCUGCUCAACAAAUUCAGCCACACUGCUGACCUGGAGGACACCUUGUGUGCACAGGGAUAUCAUCCUGCCUUCAGAGGAACUUUGCCCUAUCUUCCGAGAUCACUGAAGUGUUACGUCAGUAGAACCCCUAGGAGGUUCCCUUCACAAAAACACCAGGCUGGUAAACUGAAAGAAUAUUAUCUGCUCAAUGCUGCUUCUGUGUUACCAGUGCUUGCGUUAGAGGUGAAGGAUGGGGAAGAUGUUUUGGAUCUCUGUGCUGCACCAGGGGGUAAAUCAGUAGCGAUCCUACAGUGUGCCUCUCCAGGUGAACUUCACUGUAAUGAGUAUGAUGAGUUGAGAUCAAGAUGGUUGAAACAGACAAUGGAAUCCUUCAUCCCACGUCCUCUGUUUAACUUAAUAACCGUCUCUAUCCUGGACGGUAGACAGAUUGGAGAACUUAAGCCUGAGUUCUAUGACAAGAUCCUCACUUGCUGCAGCCUGGGAUCGUGCUGCACUGACAUGGCUGUGCCUUCCAUCAUGUUACAUGAGGGAACAAGAAAGACCCAUCCAUCCAGGUACUGGUUGAUGCUCCUUGUUCAAAUGACAAAAGUUGGCUAUUCUCUUCUGAUAUUCAGCAAGCUACACUUAGGUUACUGCAAAGAAAAGAGUUAUCUGUUCUACAGUUCCAACUACUAAGAUGAUUAAGAGCAGUCUGGUAUAUCUUCAGUGAGUACAGCUAAAAUGAUUUUGUAAAUAUUCCUUAUCUGAAGGGAAAACUUGCAUAGUAUUCCUGGUUUGUUUCUUAAACUGUGAGAGUAGUCCUACUUGUGUGUGUGUAUAUGUAUACACCUUGAUUACUAUUAGCCCAAAAAUAAUACUUAUCAUAACUAAUUGGGUAAAAAAAAAGUAAAAGAAUGCUGGCUUAUGGGGGAGCUGGGAUGCGAGGAGCUGUCUGUUUUUCAGGAGCUUCCACCUGGUAACUUAAAUCAAAGUUGUCAUGUAUUACACUUUUAAUAAUACUAGACAUAGGCUGGCUAGCAUUUGUGAAACCUUUGAAACUCAUUUUUCUCCGAUGAAGAAAAACUGUUCUGUGACUUCUCAGUAAUUCCUUCUAGACUUGAGUUUUUUUAACUGAGAAACAACCAUGCCUGAAGUCUAUCUGUCAAAGCAACUUGAAUGGAAAUAUAACAUAUUACAAAAAAAGAAGUUAUUAUGGAAAGUUCCCUUUGCAGCAUUUCCAGAUAGGUCUUUUUCAACCCGAACUUGUGCAAAACUAUCAGAAGCCUGUGAUUUAUUGCAGAAAUAUGAGUAUCUUAUUGCAGUAAUGCAUCAUGUCGUCCAUUUCCUUUGAAGAAAUCAAUCACAUUUAAACCACUCACCUAUUUCAGUGUUUUCUUUUCAAUAUUUGACAUACAAAAUCCAAUUUGUGAUUCCCAACCAAAAGAAAGCAUACAUCAUGCAGUGGAAUUUGGAGAAUUUGCAUAAAUCACUGCAGAUUGUAAUGCUGAAGUGGAGGACUCGUGACAACAGGUACUUUUUUUGAGAAUAAAACCAACAGAAGUACACACCUGUCACCCCAAAUAGGAUUUAAUCAAAUUAUUCCUAAAUGGAAGGAAGAAUUUUGUCUGUUGAAAGUAUACUUCACAGUAGCAACAGGAAGAAUAAGCUUUGUAAGGACCAGAAUUGUUUUGAUAUGGAAAUUAAAAUCCUUUUACUUCAACUUACAUUUUAUCAUUAAAAUAUAUCUGAGCAGUUCUGCAGAUUAUACAGUAUUGUUAUGCACACUGGAUAUUAUUUUUGUCUUCUGAAGGAUUUUGGGGCACAAUAAUGUCGAGUUUCAUGGUGUAAAGAUUGCAUGCUUGAUCUAAUAGUGUACUUGGUUAAGUGUUGUAUGUGUCUGCUGAAUUCUUAUUGCUCCUUCUGAUUGUUUUAGAAUGGAUUUCCAGUAUUAAUGGCAUCUCAGAUUAUAUGUGAAAGAGGAAAAAGGAAAUCAUAAAAUGAGACCAGGAACGGCUAAAUGAUUCAUGCAAGUACAUUAGGAUUUUUGCAAAACUAAGGUUGUAGAAUAUUACCUACUUGAGCCUUUGUUUUAUAGCCAGAGUGCAUAAUUAUCAAAAAUUGUUUGAAUUCUGUCUCUGAUACUUUCUGGUAAUAGAUACCUUCUAGUAAUAUCCAGGAAGGCUGAACGUAUGCUAAAUCACGUUGCUUGAGUCAGCUCAUGCAGUGCUAGCUCUGGGUUGCUUAUUCAGGCUGCCUUGUGCUGCUUUAUGUUCAUGGGUAUCUCUCACCUCAGUUGCUCUAUCUGUAGAAUAAAAAUAAAGCUACGGCUCAGCAGUUUUGUUGAAAGUAAUGGAAGAAAUGGUGUGAUUUGAAGAUAAAAUAUAAAAGCCAGGCAUGACUUCAGUUUAGCAAUAAUUUUGUUGUAUAAGGAGGGCAGCGAAAGAGGUUACCUACAAAUGAGAAUAACAAAAUGCGAAAGGGAAUGCAAUCUUUGUUUCUUUUGAGUGACAUUCGGCACAUAAUUUGUGAUUUCCACUUUCUUUUUAUUUAUGGUGAUAACUCACCUGUAAUCCUGUUCUGAAUUUUGUCAUCUUGUUUUGGGGCUUUGUUUAAAGCACAUCAGCCUUAGAAGGAGCGGAAACUGGGGACCUCAGUGAGGAAGGAAAAGUAUUUUUGUAAUACAAUGUGCAAAGUACAAAGGCUUCAGGGACUAAAAAUCUUAAUAAAUAAAUAAAGUUGAAACUGAUGGGAUGUUCUUCCUCCACCAGUCUGAACAAAAUCUGAAAUGUAAAUGGAUAGCAUAGAUGUUGAACAGCAAAUUUUAUAAGCAACGAGGGCAUCACUGAUUUGAAGGAAAUUGAGACUGUAAUGAUUGUUAAUAUCAAAACCAAAGCAUCCCUGCAGAGUGCUGUAAUCCAAGAACACAUUGCAAAUCUUGUUAUUAUUUGGACUGUUCAUGCAGAAAACAAAUGGCAAAGUAAGGAAUGUUCAUUUCCUGAUAGUGAAUGCUAGCGUGAAAGGCAGAGGUUCCCGCAAAUGAAUUUUCCAAUAUUAUCGGUUCUCAGAUGAAAAUUAAACUAGGGGUUAAGGUCGAGUGCAUAAUAACUUGAUGGUGAAACCAUUACAGAUGUUGUAAUUAUUCCUGAGCCAGUUAUUGCAGCUGAAAUAAACUGUUAGGAUUCAGCUGAAAAUAAAUCCAAACAGGAUGCGCUUCAGAAAAUGCAGCAAAGACAUUCAGACUACGUAAAUUCUAUACACAACAUCUUGUAGGAGUUAAACAGCUGUAAUUGGUGUUUCAUACAGUUCUGGUCCAGCAGAACUCAAACUGACUUUAAAAGAUGUAGCUGACUUUUUUUCACCUCUUUUUCUCUGAAAGUAGUUAACUACAAGGGAAUGUGUUAGUUUUGGGUGUGUAAGGCAAGCAUCACAAAGCUAAAAGCUUUGAGAGAAUUCUGAGUGUAUGAGAGGUUUGAAGAGACGUGACUAUUCAGCCCUUCUGCUUACUGGUAGCAAAAUCAGUAAUACGAAAUACUUGUUUUGAUCUUCUGAGUUGUACGUGGUCUUGUUUUUCAGAAUUCAAAAUGAAGCAUUUAAUCUAGGUUAAGGAAUCAGACUUUAUUGUCCCUAGUUAAUGAAAUGCUUCCAUCAAGACAAUGAACGUGUCCCAGGAUUGCCAUGGUUUAUUACAGCAUGUCAGCAACUCACUGCAACCAAACAAGGAACUUUCUUUUUCCUCUGACUACUUGAUAACUAUCCACGAGAACAGCCCCUAAACACUCCCUGUACCUUUUAGCAGAAUGUCCAGUGUCUUCUCUUUCCUCUUGAACAUCAGAGUCAAGGUACAUGGCACAUUUGUGUGGCCCAUAAAAUAAGGUUGACAUUUUCCCUUAAGCCAUCAGGUAGAAUUGGCAGCCCAAGUCUCUAAAAGCUAACCUGCAUGCCAACAGACCAGCACUAUUUCCUGAAGCCCAGACUUUUGAAAAUUAAGUAAAUAAUAAAACUUCUGGUGAAAGUUUAGGAUGUUAAGUUACAAGCUGCUAUUUUCUCUCUGUAAUUAAAAUCAGUGACAUAGAUUCACAGAAUAAAUGUGCUCAUAGAACUUCAUCACAGAUUUUUUUUUUACCAAAGAAAUUGAAAAACGUGUGUUAAAUAUUGUGAAUUACUGAAAAAAUACAACUCCACUAUUAUUCCUUUAGCAUUCAGUGUCUCUUCCGUGUUUUCACUGCAAUGCAGAGUUUUCCACAUGUACUUAGCAAAGAAUUAUGCUGUUUCUGUUACUCUUUUUUUGGUAUGUGUGUGCUGCAAAUUGCUUAUUUGGUUGUAAAGUGAAGGCAAAUCUUGAUUUUCUUUUCUUUUUUUUUUUUUUUUGUAGGCAGUAUGCAAUCAUAUGACUGAGGUGUCAGGGCAUGGAUACCGCCAUACUCUUUCUGCUUUUUCUAAGACAAGAGCCUUAAUGACACGUGGGCAUGUAAUGAUGAUACAGAAAGGAAUGUGCUUGUAAUUAGGUAGUUGCCCUGUAUAAGCAAAUUGAUUUAGUUUUCUUUGUGAUUUGCUGCUGAUGCAUAAGAUAUCAGCCUUGAAUGUUUUUGGCAAAAGCAGAGAGAAACAUUGACCUGAGCCUUUAUUUAAAAAAACAAAAAACAAAAAAAAAACACAAAGAUACAGUCGUAGAGAUUUCCAGAGUUUACUUAAUGCCAGAACUUAAAAAGGGUAGCAAGGUUGAAUGUCAUUUGGGAAGCAGCAAUACAGGGUCCCUUCAGAAAUAUGGCAGCCUUGGCUGAGGGACUGUUGGACUCCUACAUCAGAGCUCUGUGGGUUAAGUUAUAUAGCAUUUUUAAAUGAUCUGAAGGAAUUCUAAACUGAGGUAUCGAUGAUGGAGUGGUCAACUGAGAGAGGAAAUGAGUGCUGUGUUCUGUGAAGAAGGGAAGAGAAAGUGUGUAAGAAAGUGGGAGAUAAGUCAUGCGCAGGCUUGCUGAUCUACACUGCUUUUUGGCUCAUUCCUUGGAGUUUUUCUUCUCAUUUACUCGUUUUCUAUAAUCAUCUACUUACAUCCACUGAGAAUCUAUUAGAAUUGUAACUGUUGUUCUGACAGAUUCUGCAGAUGGUUCUUUAACUGCUUUCGGUCUUUGAAAAGUUGAAUAACUUACAUCUCUAAAUGUACUGAGUCUGUAGUAGGCUUCAAAAGUCUUCUGGUUUGCUUUCUCUACUUGAAAAGGUUCUACUUGGGCUGUAUAAGUUCAUCUUUUCUCAAAUAAGACUUUGAAGUUGGGAAGAGGAAUGGACCUCUGCGGGUGUUAAUUCUGCUAUGACUAAAAUGACAGAAGGGUUGAAGUUCUGAUUUGAAGUGAGCUACCUCUGUCUGAUGCAGGCUAACUACACCUAGCCUUACAGUCAACGAUACUGGUUGUGUGGAGGCACAGCAUGUAUCUGUAUCAGGCAGCUGCAACCUUUGAGAGUGGAAGAAGAGUUGAUGGGUAUUGCACUGACACUUUUGGCUCUUGGCUAUGUGUACGGAAAUAACCUGAUCUGUUGCCCUUGUAAGAGUACUGCAGUUUUAGUUCAGCAAAGGAUAUCUCAUAGCCCUGUGUUAACAGGGUGAUUGUUCUGGGACUCAGUGUGCAUCACAGGAGAAAGCUCAAUAAUGUUAAAUUGAAGGUCUGAUGUUCUUAUCAGAAGAAUUUCAAAUUAUUUGCUGUAGAAACAUUAUUGAUCAGAAUUUUCAGAGGAAGAAAUUGACUAAAUUGGUGCAAAUGUGUUUGGUUUUCUUUUUUGAAGGCUGUUUACUUUAAUUCUGCAAAAGAGCUGCUUCUUACCAUACUGUGUGGUGGUAUUUGAAGUUGUCUCUCUUCUGUAUGCCUCUGUCACUGCUCUUCACAAAUUAUUAAAAACUGGCCAUGUGAUCUCAAGAGGGAUUUCCUUAUUUUGUCUUUAUCUGGUGAAGAGCAAAGCAAAAGCUUUAACGUGCAGUCUGAUGCACCUGGACUCCUGUAAGAGAAAGCAGGAAAUGCAUAUGUUUUGUCAACAAAAAGAAUAGAAUUGCGGAUAAAAGCAAGUUUAACUUCAGAUGUUCUAAUACUUGAAUAGUUUGUAUGCAUUAGCAGGUUUUAUUCUGAUCGUUGUUGUGCACACUGAGCAGAAAUACAUUCUGGUUGCCAAAAGAUGGCACUGUUGAAGUGUUGUUAUUUUUAAAAUGCCCUAAAACAUACCCCAUCUUUUUAUUUUAAAUACUGAAAAAGGUUAAAUGAGUAAUGUAAUUAAUGCUGACCCUUCCAAUGGCAUGCAACGUACACCCAAGCAUAGCAGGAGUGGGCUGAACAUACAGGUUCUAGCUGUAAUUUUGAAAUACACAUUGUCUGCCUAUUUUUAAAAGAGAAUUGGAGAUGACAAGACUUUUAAAACAACUAAAAUGUCAGCUUAUCAUGUUUAAUUUUUUUCUAGUGUGAAAAAUCUUAAUUUAGGGUUCUUGUUAAUUGUAUUUUAGUUGCAUGAAGUGCUUUUAGAGUUGUUGGAUGGCUCUGGAGCUGUCUUUAUUCCCAGAGGUAUUAAAUAAUCAUACUACUGUUUCCUCUAAUAGCAUCUUCUCCAGUUCUAGGUUUUAAAGUAAUUCUUGAGAAGUAAACUUAAAAAAAAAAAAAAAAAGGCAUUGAAAUAGUAUAUUCUUUAAAAUAAAUGAAAAUGUUACCCUUUUCUGAAUACCCUAUUGAAUACCCUAUAGUAUUCAAGAUAUAUGAGGAAUUAAAGGAGACUACUGCACCUUUUGUACCUCUGACUUUGUGGUACGAUAAGUGUUAUUUAUCCCGUUUCCAGAGAAACAUCUUGCAAAAAUAUAAAAGAGAGCAAAACUUUUUCUUUGACAAAACUCAUUUAGAAUGAGAAGAGGUGCAGUUUAUGUUUGGAUUAUGGUUGUGUCUUAGGCUUAUGUAUGGGAAAGAUAGAAGUGCAAAUUCAGUGACUGUAAAGUAAUAAUGUCAGUAAGCCAAAGCAGAUAUGGAGAAGCAUCGAGCAAAUUUCUACAGAAUAACAUGCCAAUUAAUCUCAGUACAACCUGUAAUUUUCUAGCUAUUGUCAUUACAAGCCACUAAUGAUUUGUCUAUGUUGAUAUUGUAGUGAGGUUUCCCUAAUUGUACAAAGCUGGUAUCUCCUGAAGUUGCAUUCACUACCUCAGAAAAUACUGACUUUUUUCCUUUAGUUUAACACAUAGUUUAUUUUUUUCACAAACAUGCAGUAGUAAUUGCAGUUCUAUAAUACGCUUCUUUUUGCAUGCUGUUUUAUAUUGUAUUCUGUAAGAGCUAAACCUGGAGGUUUUGGAUUCAGGCCUUACAUGAUGAAUGGAGCACGUUAAUUGAUUUUGUUUAACCAAUUUUAUUCUUUUUUUGCUGUGCAUUGACUACGUUACAGAAUUAAAACAAUAACCUCACACUUCUGCAGUGGUGCAAUAUGUUACGAUGCAACACAAGCUGAGUUAUACACAUCAGUUGUUGGCAGUGAGUAGAACAAAAUUGGUUGUAUGGAAAACUGGACAUAUGAGGCUCCAGGAAGAGUUUCCUGUCCUUCUAGUAUGUAUUCUCACGAGAAGCUUGAAACUGUGCAGUGUUAGUGCAUGUUACAUGUAAAAUUCAGUAUGAUAAAUUUCUAUCUUAGAUUUCAAAUUAUCAAAUUAAGUGUAAUUAGAUUUGUCUUUCAACGAAGUUUUGCUACUUCCUUAAAAAGUAGGAAGAAGAACAUAUGUACCACUAAGAGAAAAAUCACUGUGGUUUAAUUACCUAAUAUAUUUUAUGUUUAAGAAACACAUAAUAAAAGAAAGGUGAAAAACCAUCAGUGUCUUCUGCCCUCACACCCUUUUUAGUCAGUCCAGUUUUGGAGCUCAUGUUUGGAAGUUACCAAGUACCUUAUGACAAGCACCUGAUUGCUUUGUUGAGAGUCAAGCUUUAAGUAAGAAUCAGGGGGGUAAUGCCUCAUGCAAGAGGAACUGUACAUCCUUGGAUUGUGUAGUCACAGCAGUGCUGGUGGGUUCUGUUGGGUGUCAGUAUGUUAUGGUCCAGCUCUGACGUGCCCCUUUAAUGGGCUUGUUUCCCUCUGUUCUUUAUAGAAGAUUAGUUUCCUAAAUGUAUUUGUGCAUGGUUUCUUGUGAAUGAAUUCUCUAUCAUGCUGACAAUUAGGAGACCUGAUUCUCUGAAUCAGCUUAACCCACCACAUUAUCCCCCUGUGACUUUGAGCCCAGCUCUUCUUCACUUUGAAUUUUGCAGCUCUUUGAAGGUUUUUCAAAAGCCAGGCACAGCUUAAUCAAGGAUGGCGGUUGGUUGACAUUGAACACUGCUGCUGAAACAGCUGUUGCUGAGCUUGUCAAGAUGGAUAGAUACAGUGAUUUAACCUUGCGGUGUCAAGUAAUCUGUCUUAGGUAUUUUAAUUCAUGACAUAGGUUCAGAGUAAAGAUGACUUUGCAUUGGGUAGCCUGACUUUUCUGGGUCACGGGGCAGUGAAAAUUGCCAAGGAGUCUUGGUUUUCUUCUGGAAAUUGUGUUCCUCCUUCUUUUGAAUCCUGCACCAGAGACUUGGUGGUAGGAGCAUGGUGCCUUUGGAAGUAGUGCCUUGAAUGUUUGUUACUUCAUAAGGAAAAGAAAAGCAUUUAGCAGUGUCUAUGCUAGCCUGCUUUUUCAGUACUUACCUCUUGCCUUUUCCAAUUUUUAACAGUAAAAAUAUUUUCUCAUUUGUUUAAAUUCUCAUAUAAUAUAGGCAGUAUAGGAAAGCAGUUGUGGUUAUUAGCUCUGAGUACAGUUAUCAGGUAUACUGAAAGUACAUCUUGAUUGCUGUGCAAAAAUAUUUCCACACUUAGCCUGGCUGUUCUUUUGUUGCUCAGCAGUCCUGAAUAUAUGAAGAAUGUAUAAAAGGAAGGAGAAAGUAUGAAAAUGAGGAAAUUACUUGGUUUCUUAUAUUAUGAAGAUGAGUUACACUUUAAGACACCAUUUAGAUCUCUUCUUUGUAAGUUCUGAUAAAAAGCUAGAAAACGAGCAACUAUUAGAUGUGGGAAAAAUGCUUUUAUGAUUUCCAGAACUGGUACAAAUCUAAGGAGACAGUAAGAGAACGGUGCACUGAUCCUGGUUUGUUGUUCAUCUUCAGAAUAAGAAGAAUGUACUUUCCCAUUUUUUUAAUGGUUUUGUAUUUGCUUGUGCUUAAACACUGAAGAGUCUUUAGGAAUGGCCUCACUGUACUUUCAGUCCAGUACUUAGGUACUCUGUCCUUAGUGAAGUCUUCAGAUACUGCUUCAGCACACCUACAAAGCUUAAGUAUUUUUAGAAGGAGUAACUGAACUGCGAACACUUUUUUUUCUCCUUUCUUGUGGUAGCAGAAACAAUUAUGCCUGUGGCAAAACCUCACAUUUCAGUGACCUUUUCAAUUCUGUUAAGUAUUGCUUAUGGUUCAGACAUCGUGUUUUACACGUUAAAUUUGGAUACGUAUAAUCAACUUGGUGUAUGGAUGAGGAACUGCUUAUGAACUACAUUCACAGCUGUUUCAUCAAUGCUUGCAUUUGUCUAAGAAAUGGGUAUGUUGUCUUGCUUUCUGAUACUCUGACUGUGGCACUUAAUUAUCUCUGUUGUUUUAUUUGUAUGUUUAAAAGUGCAAGAUUUGCAAUAUGCCCUUUGAUUCCUCACUACUAACUAUCAACAAGUGACACCUUGGGCACUGAGCUAUUUUGUCCCAAGACGCAGCACAACGGCAUUGAGUGUUAGCCCAAAAUUCUGAAGAGAUGCUUUACUGCAAAGUUUCUAAACUAGAAAAUGGUGCUAUGAAUUAUGCCUGAAGAAGAUAAUUUCAUAAAGAUUGCUUUCACUCUGGCAUUUGAAAUCUAAGUUAACAGGCAGUCAACACAAGACAUCUGAAAACUUUUCUUGUUUGUCAUGAAAUAGAAUGGAAUAUUACAUUACUGAAUUUCUUGUAAAUGUUUUGUGAUAUGCAUGCUGUGGCUUACUGCUCUGCUUUACAAUAGCUAUCUUCCAUACAUCUGGAUGUAUUUUGGUUGGUUAGACAUGCCAGACAGAAGUAGCAUUAAUUCUGCCCAUUAAAAUGGAUGUCUGUCAUCACAGCAUGAGAGCUGCAAACAAAAAAUUAUUUGGAGAGACAGCUGAGGCUCUCUGGUCCAAUACUUUUUGUACCCUGCUAUAAGGUGUAUGUAUAUUGGGAUGCAGGAAGAGGAGAAGGGGUGACUAUCCAGGACAGAGUAAUUGAAGUGGAUGCUGGUAAUUAGAAUCAUAGAGUCAUUAAGGUUGAAGAAGACCGCUACGAUCAUCUAAUCCGACUGUGAACCCAUCAUCCAACUGUCAACCUAUCAAUUGCAGAAUUUUGGAAAAUAGGGUCUGGGUUGGACAAAGUGACCUCCAGAGUUCCCUUCCAACAUAAAUCUUUCCGUGAUCAUGUGAAAGGACGUUGGUGUGACAACUAUUCUAUAUUUACUGUCUUGAGGUGAUGUGGUAAAUGCCAUCCAUAUCAGACUGUAUCUAAAAUAUUCUUAAACACUUUCACAGAUUCUCAAAAACUACUCAGAAGUCUGAGAUAAGCUUGCUCUUUCACAAGCUUUAGCUAAUUUUGGAAGUAUCCUAGAAUGAGUCCAUUAGGCUCACUUAAAUUGGAAGUAUUCAGACUACAUAAGUACUCUGUAACCUGCUCUUUACCUAUAACAGGCUAAUCUUGAGCUGUUCUCUCACUUAUGCUAAAUGUGCUAGCCAUCUGCUCGCUCACCAUCUUUUUACUGAACUGAUACAACAAAGGCAUUAAACACUGACUUUUAAUUUUUUUUAGCAUCAUCUACUCAGAGAGAUCUGUUCCCUCAUGCUAAGUAAAACUGGAGUAAUGUGGUUACCAGUAAAUUAUGUAUUUGGCUUGUUGAUUAACCUUACUGAGACUGAUAGAAACAAGCAAGAUGGGCUUACCCUCCUCAGAGAAAUACAAUGCAAAGUUUAAUAGUAUAAUGCAAAGAGUAUAGAGUGUAAUACAAAGGUGUUUUCACCUGGGAAAGUGAACAGUGUUGCAUUAUCUCAGUCAUUUGUUCUGGUGUUUCCCUAUUAUUUUGGACAGGAUUUUCAGAGUUGCUUUGAUCCUGCUUCUGAUAAAGCUUUUAUUAUUGAUUCUUUUGCUGAAAAGGCCCAAUCUUGCUUUGAAAAAAGAAAGAAGGGACUUGAGGUUUCUCCCUCCCCCACUCUUUUUUUUUUCUUUUUUCUUCAACUGCUUUCAUUCUGAUAUGCAUAGCAGAUCCUCAGCUUGCCUCUGGAGGAAUUGCUGUUUCAACGCUAUGGUGUUUAUUCAUCUGAGCCUGGAAUCAGGCUCACUGCUUCUGGGGGCUGCUCAGCUGAUUUGAGGACUGGGGUUUUUCUUUUCCACUUACUGUCUUCAUGUCAUUGGUUUUUUUGUCUCUUCUUGGUUGGUGUAGUCAUCUCAGUGAUACCUACCAAUCUAAGACUUCAAUAGUUUUCUGUGGUACAAGGUUUUAUUUUCUUCUUUUAAUUUGUUAUAAGUGAAUAUGAAUUGCAUGUAAGACUAAGGAAAUGAGACAAGUUAUAGUCUUUUUCUCUCUUUCUGAGAAGGACCUUGGGGAUCUGCUUUAAUGAAAAGUAAACAGUUUGUUCAAUCUCAGUUUCAGUGGGGAAUUAAGAAGGGAGGUGAGGGAACACCCUGUUCUGUCCAUCAGUAGUUGGACUACAAAACUCCACCAUGAAGUUUUCUAUAAACCUGAAAUAUUGCCUUUGUUUAGCCAAUAUUUGUCAACAGGGCAAUAAGUGAAGGGUAUAUGAACACGUAGACUCGUGUAGAUGAUAUAAUGCAGCAAAUCAUAGUUCCUUAGGAAAUCAGAUUGGAAAGUAGUGUCUCAAUGAAAUUUCCAGUCCUGAUAUAUGCUGAAUAAGUUGCUGAAAUUGCACAAAUUAGAGCAGAGCAAUUAGUCCAGGCUAUUACGGCAACAGUACAUUCUGCUAUUUGUUCACUCCAGCAGCCAGCUAAGUAUCUAACUAGCACUUUUGAUGUGGUAUUCACCCAUUUUGUAUGCACAGUUGCAGCAUUUUCACAGCUGUGCUGUGCAUAUAAAUGAUCCAGAGUAUGUUCUGCAACUCUGAAUGAAUGCUGUUAUCUACUUGUCAUUCUUACAUUAAAAAAAAAACAAACCCAACACACUCAUAAUUAACUGAGAAUACAAUAAUGAAU